AUGUCUGGUGGAGGAGAUCAUUCUUUGCCAAUACCGAUUGAUGAUGCCGAAAGGAGAAAAGAUGAAGAUGACAGGAAUAGUAAAGUUAGUACGCUGGGCUCUCCCGGAGCUAAUGAAUUGGGCAAAGUAAGACGGGCCCAGUCUAUAGUAUCGCCCUUGUCGUUAUCGCCGCCUGAUCCCGAGAGUUUACGCGGGUUGAUGAUGCUGAAGACGGACCACGCUGCAACUCCAACAACCGAGAAAGCAAUCGCGUCUCUUGCGCCUAUGUUGGAGGCCUUCACACCAAAGACAAGUGCUGAGGACUCGGCGUCUAGACUUGGCUCAAAAUCAUCUUCGUCUCCUACACCCGCUUUAGAUAAUAAUGCUGCGCACCACGAGGGAGAAAUACAACCACUAACUACUGAGAAUUUAAGUGGAGCCAAACUUCAUCACUCUACAUCCGGUGAAGGAUUUAAAUUGAACAAAACCAUCUCUAAUACUUCAAAUACGUCUAGAAAGUCUUUUUCGUCAAACACCAAUAAAGGAUCCGAUCAUGUUACAAAACUGGCGAAAUUGGGAAAGAUUGGAGUAUGUGCAAUGGAUGCGAAAGCGUUAUCAAAACCAUGUAGGAGGAUUCUCAACAGAUUGAUUGAGAAUGGUGAAUUUGAAACUGUAAUUUUUGGCGAUAAAGUGAUCUUAGACGAGACUAUUGAAAAUUGGCCUACUUGUGAUUACUUGAUUAGCUUUUUUUCAACGGGGUUCCCUUUAGAGAAAGCGAUUGCUUAUGUCAACUAUAGAAAGCCUUAUUGUAUCAAUGACUUGGUUUUCCAAAAGGCGCUUUGGGAUAGACGGCUUGUUUUGGCUAUUUUGAAUCAUGCGAAUGUGCCUACACCUGAAAGAUUAGAGAUUAGUAGAGAUGGCGGACCACAAAUAGACCCCGGAUUAUAUGAAAGACUAAAGGAUAUUGGGUUUUCCGAUGAAAACCUCGUCGAGUUGUCUAAUCAAGAAGAACCCGAUUGGGAAAUGGUUGAUGAAGACACGUUGAGAGUUGGUGAUCAAAUUAUUAAAAAGCCGUUUGUGGAAAAACCGGUGGACGGAGAGGAUCAUAAUAUAUAUAUAUAUUACCCCAAGGCUACCGGUGGUGGUGGAAGAACCCUAUUUAGAAAAAUAGGAAACAAGUCAUCCGAAUUUGAUCCUCAUUUGGUUGAACCUAGAACUGAUGGAUCUUUUAUAUAUGAGAAUUUCAUGGAUACUGAUAAUUUUGAAGAUGUGAAAGCAUAUACUGUGGGGCCUUCUUUUUGUCAUGCCGAGACUCGCAAGUCGCCAGUUGUUGACGGUAUUGUAAGAAGAAAUACACAUGGUAAAGAAAUUAGAUAUAUCACGCAACUAAGCGAUGAAGAAAAACUAAUGGCGAGAUCAGUUAGUUCUGCUUUCAAGCAAACCAUUUGUGGAUUUGAUUUAUUAAGAGUCAAUGGUAAAUCUUAUGUGAUUGAUGUUAACGGAUUUUCCUUUGUCAAAGAUAAUAACGAUUAUUAUGAUUCAUGCGCAAGAAUAUUGCGUGGCAUGUUUUUGGAAGCUAAGAAAAUGAGAGACUUGUUAAAGAAUAAAGUUCCCAAGAUGUUGCAAGCUAGUCAAUUUGAAGAAAAGGAACAAAAAUGGGUAUUGAAAGGUAUGGUCAGUGUUGUGAGACAUGCUGAUCGUACGCCAAAGCAAAAAUUCAAGUAUUCAUUUAAGUCGCCUCUUUUUAUAAGUUUAUUAAAGGGGCAUACUGAAGAAGUUAUAAUUCGCGCAGUACCCGAUCUCAAAGUCGUUCUUGAAACUGUCAAAAUUGCAAUGGCAAAAAAACUUGAAGAUCCAAAUAAAUUGCAACAGUUGACUACUGCAUUGGAAAAGAAAAUGAAUUUUCAUGGUACAAAGAUUCAAAUCAAGCCAUCGCUUAAUGCAGACAAUCCAGAAAUUGUAGAUAAAGUGCAACUCAUAUUGAAGUGGGGUGGUGAGCCUACGCAUUCUGCAAAGCAUCAAGCUACUGAUGUUGGUGAGCAAUUGAGACAAAAUUUGAAAUUAUUGAAUUGCGAAGCACUUAAUGAUGUAAAAGUGUACACUUCGUCAGAAAGAAGAGUUCUUACUAGUGCUCAAUAUUUUACAACUGCACUUUUGGGAUUGACAGAUGAACCUUUACCUGAAGAUUUCCUUAUAGUUCGCAAGGAUCUAUUAGAUGACUCCAAUGCAGCAAAAGAUCUAAUGGACAAGGUCAAAAAGAAGUUGAAACCGUUAUUGCGACAAGGUGCAGAAGCACCGCCUCAGUUCACGUGGCCGCCUAAAAUGCCGCAACCAUUUGAAGUGAUUAGACGGGUUUGUGAAUUGAUGAAUUUCCAUCAUCAAAUCAUGAACUAUAACUUUGAAACUAAAAAUGUGCAACAAUUUCAAGAAAAUUGGUGUUGUGGAGAAGAUCCCUUUUUGUUUAAAGAGAGAUGGGAUAAGUUGUUUCAAGAGUUUAUUAGUGUUGAAAAGAUACAUCCUUCCAAGAUUUCCGAGUUGUAUGAUACGAUGAAAUACGAUGCUUUGCAUAAUCGUCCUUUCCUACAACGGAUUUUUGAAUUUGAUCCUAAUGACGAAAAACUAUUAGCACGAUUAAGGGAAACAUGCGGAGAGACUGUUAAUUCAUCAGGUUUGGUUAGUGAAUAUCCGAUAAACAUAUUAGCGAUGAAUAAUUUCAAAAUUCCUUCAGAUAUUUCUAGUUCGAAUAGUUCCCAUAAUACUUCAAGCACGCAAUUGAAUCCAUCGAGCCUGGCAUCUGCUGGAUCUUUAGGAUGGAUCCUCAGUGGAGCUGCUGCAGAGUUGAAGAAUAGAAGAAAUAGUAGUAGUAGCAGUGGUAAUGGUAAUGGUUUUGGUAUCACUACAUUUUCCAAUAGUCAGCAGCAACCUAAUGCUAGUGGGGUAGUGACGACAUCACCAACAACAACAACAACAACAACAACAACUAGCCCAAGCACAAGCACAUCACAACAGAAGGCAUCUGAGAAUGAUAAUCCAUUUGAUCAUGCUACGUUUACUAGAUUGCGUGAAUUGUACCGACUUUCUAAGGUGUUAUUUGAUUUUAUAUGUCCUCAAGAAUAUGGUAUAAAAGAUGAAGAGAAAUUAGAUAUUGGAUUGUUGACAUCAUUGCCAUUGGCCAAGCAAAUCCUUUCUGAUAUAAAAGAAAUGAAAAAAGACGCUUCAUCACCAGCAGUUGUGAACUACUUUACAAAGGAAAGUCAUAUAUAUACUUUACUUAACGUGAUUUAUGGCUCACAGCUACCAAUGAAAAUAGCGAGAAACGCAUUACCUGAGCUAGAUUAUUUAUCACAGAUUGUUUUUGAAUUAUAUGAAGCUGAAGAUCCAACUAGUCCUCUGGGUAAUAAACAUUCUAUCAGAUUGAGUUUAAGUCCCGGAUGUCAUACACAGGAUCCGUUGGAUGUUCAAUUAGACGAUGACCACUAUAUUGGAUGUAUUCCUAGAUUAAGCUUGACUAGACAUUUGGAUAUGGAUUUGGUAACGCAGAGAUUAAAGUCGAGGUUCAGUAGAGUUUCCUUGCCAAAGAAAUUCACUCCCGUAAAUAUCUCAAGCCCAUUGACUAGUGGACUAUAG